CCAUCUUCAUUCGUCUUCCUGAAUUUGAUAACCAUCUUCGUUCUUUGGUCAUCCGUGUGUGUGGGAAAAUAUAGUAUGGAGGCAAGAGGACAGAGCUCGAUAGCAGCAGCUCGGUACACUCUACCAGCAACCAGAUUGUCAUCCGAAGACAUACUUUUCUGUAUCGAUGUUGAUCCUGAAUCCCUCGUUGAAAUGAAGAAUACCAGCGCCAGUGGAAGACCUUUUACCAGAUUGGAAUCAAUUAAGCAGGCUAUUCUUCUGUUUAUCAAUGCUAAGCUUGCUAUUAAUCCAGAUCAUCGAUUCGCCUAUUCCGCACUCGGCAAAACCCCCUUUUGGCUUAAGAAGGAGUUUAGCAGUGAAGUUGAGUCUGCAAUUGCUGCAUUUCGAGCCAUCACAGUUGACUCUUCAGCUGGUCAUGCGGAUCUCACGCAUCUCUUUAAAGUCGCAAAUCAUGAAGCUAAAAAAUCCCGUUCACAGAAUCGGUUACUCAGGGUGAUUCUAAUAUAUUGUAGAUCAUCAGUAGUGCCACAACACCAAUGGCCCACAAACCAAAAGCUGUUCACGUUUGAUGUGGUUUACCUACACGAUAAACCGGGGCCCGAUAAUUGUCCGCAGAAGGUGUACGAUGGUCUGGUGGACGCCCUUGAGCAGGUGAGUGAAUACGAGGGGUAUAUCUUUGAGAGUGGUCAGGGGCUGACACGUGUCCUCUUUCGCCACAUGUGUGUCCUGCUGUCACAUCCACAACAACGUUGUGUCCAGGAUGACAUUGAUAUUCCUAAAUCUCUUACCAAGAAGUCACCCGCACCGGAUUCUGCCACCCCUAACCCUGCUGCUGUUGCUGAUCAAGAAUGUGUUCCUGUCUCCAGUCAGUGACUUGUUAAUUUCUUGGUAUUGUAUAUGAAUAUGUUAACAAUCCGUGUUCUAGUUGUUUGAAAUGGUUUGCAUUGUGCAUUUGGAGUUAUUUGGACUAAAA